GGAUUCCCUAUUUUUACAGUCCCACACUCCUCUUUGCUCACUCUUUAAAACCCUAAACCCCCAUUUUAAAAAAUUCAAAUUUGUUGCUGGAGAAUGAGCAAACGAGGGUUGAAGAUUGCUAUCUCUCUUCGAUCAAAUAUUUUGUUCCCUCCAACAAGACCAUCAACAGCAACACCUUCCCAUUAUAACUUAUUCAAAUUCUCCCGCCAAAAUUGCUUACCGGUCGUCAACAGAUUCCUUUGCACCCAUUCGCCGCCCGACAAUCUCGACGGAUUGAUCGAUCCUGACCUAAAUUUUCCGGCCAAUGAAUCAAUUUCAUCGGAAAAUUCACGGGUUGAGUCCGUGUCGGCCGUUGAAUUUGCCUUUUUGCGGGAGUCAGUGCUGGACUCUGGUGCUGAUUGUGGCCCUUCGAAGGAGAAGUUCGAGCCUGGUAAGUGUUCAAACGAUGCAAAUUUGAUAUCAAACGUGAUAAGGAAUAAUAAUGAUAAUUUUGGAGAUAAAACUCAGAAAUCUCUUAGGCAAUUUAGAGAGAAAUUGAAUGAAACUUUGGUAAUCGAUGUAUUGAAUCUUAUUCAAAAUGCUGAAUUUGGUGCAAAAUUUUUCAUAUGGGCCGGUCGGCAGAUUGGGUAUAGUCACACUGUACCUGUUUAUGAUGCCUUAUUAGGUUUAUUAGGUUGUGAUAACAACGAUAGAGUACCAGAGCAUUUGCUUAAAGAAAUUAAGGAUGAUGAUAGAGAAGUUUUUGGGGCAUUGCUAAAUGUAUUGAUUCGAAAGUAUUGCCAAAAUGGCUUGUGGAAUACGGCAUUGGAGGAGCUAGGGAGGCUUAAGGAUUUUGGGUACAAACCCUCAAGAGCAACUUUUAAUGCUUUGAUACAGGUGUUUCUCAAAGCUGACAGGUUGAAUACGGCAUAUUUGGUUCAUAGGGAGAUGUCAGCCUCAGGUUUUAGUAUGGAUGGGCAUACAUUGGGUUGCUUUGCACAUUCUCUUUGCAAAGCAGGGAGGUGGAGAGAAGCGCUCAAUUUGAUUGAGAAGGAAGAGUUUGUGCCUGAUACCGUCAUGUACACUAUAAUGAUAUCUGGAUUGUGUGAAGCUUCACUUUUUGACGAAGCUAUGGAAUUUUUGAAUAGAAUGCGGUCUAGUACUUGCAUUCCUAACGUUGUAACAUAUAGGAUUUUGCUUUGUGGGUGUUUGAACAAAAGAAAGCUGGGUAGGUGUAAAAGAAUUCUUAGUAUGAUGAUAGCAGAAGGAUGUUAUCCCAGUCCUAAAAUAUUUAAUUCUCUUGUUCAUGCUUACUGCAAAUCACAAGAUUACUCUUAUGCCUACAAGUUGCUUAAGAAAAUGGCAAAUUGUGGCCACCAACCGGGUUAUGUGGUUUACAACAUAUUGAUUGGUGGUAUUUGUGGCAAUGAGGAGUUACCAAGCGCGGAUGUAUUAGAAUUGGCUGAAAAAGCUUACAGUGAAAUGCUUGAUGCAGGGAUUGUGCUGAAUAAAAUUAACGUCUGCAACUUUUUGCGGUGUCUUUGUGGGGCUGGCAAAUUUGAGAAAGCAUAUGAUGUUGUUUGUAAAAUGAUGAGUAAGGGUUUCAUACCAGAUGGUAGUACAAGCUCCAAAGUUAUUGGUCUUCUUUGUAAUGCCUCAAAAGUAGAAAUGGCUUUCCAAUUGUUUGAAGAAAUGAAAAGGAACGGUAUGGUUCCUGAUGUCUAUACUUAUACAAUUCUAAUUGAUAGUUUUUGCAAAGCUGGCCUUAUUCAACAAGCUCGCAGCUGGUUCGAUGAAAUGAAAAGUGUUGGUUGUGCCCCUAAUGUGGUUACUUAUACUGCCCUUAUACAUGCUUACCUUAAGGCGAGGAACUUACCCAAUGCAAAUGCGCUGUUUGAGAUGAUGUUGCUAGAAGGAUGCAUACCAAAUGUUGUCACGUACACUGCUUUGAUUGAUGGCCACUGUAAAGCUGGUGAAAUUGAAAAAGCUUGCCAGAUUUAUGCAAGAAUGAGGGGAAGUGGGAUGAUCCCAGAUGUAGAUAUGUAUUUCAGGGCCGACGAUGGCAACACCACGGAACCAAAUGUUGUUACAUAUGGAGCUUUGGUUGAUGGUUUGUGCAAAGCACACAAGGUCAAAGAAGCCCGCAACCUACUGGAUGCAAUGUCAGUUGAAGGCUGUGAGCCAAAUCAUAUUGUGUACGAUGCUCUUAUUGAUGGAUUUUGUAAGGUUGGGAAGUUAGAUGAAGCUCAAGAGGUAUUUGGUAAGAUGCAAGAAUGUGGGUAUAUUCCAAAUGUUUAUACUUAUAGCUCUUUGAUUGACAGGCUGUUUAAGGAUAAGCGAUUGGAUCUUGCUUUAAAAGUCUUGUCUAAAAUGCUAGAAAACUCAUGUCCUCCUAAUGUUAUAAUCUACACAGAGAUGAUUGACGGCCUUUGUAAAGUUGGGAAGACUGAUGAAGCCUACAAGCUUAUGGUGAUGAUGGAAGAAAAGGGAUGUCAUCCUAAUGUUGUUACUUAUACUGCCAUGAUAGAUGGCUAUGGGAAAGCAGGUAAAGUGGACAAGUGCCUUGAAGUCUUGGAACAGAUGGGAGCCAAGGGGUGCGCUCCAAAUUAUGUCACCUACAGGGUUUUAAUAAAUCACUGUUGUGCUGCUGGCCUUUUGGAUGAGGCUCAUCAACUCCUGGAGGAGAUGAAACAGACAUAUUGGCCGAGACAUAUGGCAAGCUAUCGUAAAGUCAUUGAAGGUUUCAGCCGAGAGUUUAUAACCACUCUUGGCCUUCUAGAGGAGCUGAGUCAGAAUGAUUCUGUGCCAAUUCUUCCAGUUUACAGAAUCCUGAUCGAUAGCUUUCGCAAGGCUGGAAGACUGGAAGUUGCUCUAGAGCUGCUUAGAGAGAUUUCAGCGUCUUCACCAUUUCUAUCAUCUGACAAUAUUAUGUAUUCUUCCUUAAUUCAGAGCCUCUGCCUUUCAUGUAAAGUUUACAAGGCUUUGGAGUUGUAUCACCACAUGAUAGAGAGGGGUGGAGUUCCAGAGUUGACUAUCUUUUUUCACCUAAUUAAAGGGCUUAUUAAGGUUAACAGGUGGGAAGAAGCAUUGCAACUAUCACAUAGCCUUUGUUACAUGGAUAUCAAUUGGCUCCCUAAUGCAGAUACAUAUGAAAUGAAGUAGUUCACACAUUCACGGUUAUUGUUUUGGCGCAUGCCCUGUCCAACAAGGAUGAUCAUGUUAUAAUUCUCUAUGAUGCAUUUGAAAUGCUUGGCUGGUAAUUCAAGUCACAUGUAAGGAAACCCAGUUUCAGAUUUUUGGUGGGCCUCUAUUCAUGUCAAGCAACAGUGUAGGAAAGAAUCUACAUCUAGUGGGUUCUUGGCUCGAGGAUGAGAAUUUUGUUCCUUGUUUAUCAAUGUAAAUAGACCUGGUUGGUGAUGCGGCUAGACCUGGAUUGUCUGCUGCAAUUCUUUAAUUAAUUAGAAUAAGGUAUUGAUGUCCAAUUUGUUUUCAGCCCCAAAUUAAGUGCUAUUCAUUUUCUUUAAUUAUCUGUGCUCAUCAAGUGGCUGGAAGAAGUUGUAGUUGCAAAACUUAGCUUUUGUGAUAAAAGUGACAUUCUCUCUCUUUUAUUUCUGUGGCAUUGUAAACAGGAUUCAGCUCAAAUCAGCAAAUCUCAUGGGCGUUGAUUACAUCAACCUGUUUUUUUUUUU